AUGAUGCGAGAUGUGGAAAGACUGGAUGGUGCAAGGAAAUGCCGGAUUCCAAAAGGACGAGAUACCAAUUGUCGCGCCUAUAUUACAAUCGAGUUGAGUAAUGAGGAUUCGGAAAUAAAUAUUUUCUACAUGGAGAAUGAUAUUCAUGUGAAAGUCUAUUCGAAAGGACAUGCGAUGUCUGUCGAAAUGGAGAACGUAUUGCAAUUGAACCAAUAA